AUGUCCCGAUGGAUAGCACUGUUGCUUCCGUUCAUCGCUACAUGUAGCAACAUCAGUACUGUUUAUGGGUUUCUGUUUCGGUCUGCUAGCUACGGGCGUUCUGCAUUGGCGGCUGUACCGGUCGAAAGAAGAGAAACGGAUCUGUGCUGCCAUCAACAACGGCAGAGCAACAGCACGGCCGAGCUUGCCCGUCGGGAGUUGUUGCCCCGUCUUUUUGGCGUCAAUGUCCUUGCAGUCUCUAGUGCCAUCAUUCCUCCUUUUCUCGUCGGAAGUGGAAGCAAGGCAGCUUUGGGUGUCACGGGAAGCAAAAAGAAGGAUUAUUAUUAUUUGAAGUCUGUGACGGAUCCCAAUACCUACCCGGCGUUGGUAUAUUCGAAUCCAAAAAGUGCCAGCAAUAACCAGGACAAGAAGAUACCCCUUCUAGUUGUCUUGCAUGGAGCAGGAAAGAACGAUGAAACUGUGUGGAGUUUGGCAGACCCAAAGGGGGAACAUGCAGGGCUGCUACCCAGUUUGAUUGCCUGCGAUACAGCUCCCGAGACGGCCACUGAUAACUUUGCCGUGGUGGCCCCAUAUGCCGCUGGAAAACAAUCCUUCUACGAAGAACCUCGGUCCAAGUUGCUGCGAUUCGUAGAAUGGGUUUGCAGCGAACAGGGCCAAGAGGCAGGCUGUCCCGCCAACAUUGAUCCGGCCCGUGUCUUUCUCUUUGGCUUUAGUGAUGGAGCCACAGUGGCCGUGGAACUGGCGACCACACGACGGUUCAAAGCUUGUAUCAUUUGUGCCUACGGCUUUAGCGGUGUUUUGCCAAAGUUGGCACUGGAACGACUGAAGGACGUCCCCAUGUGGAUCUUUCAUUCGGCGGACGAUGUGAUCUUUCCCGUGGCAUACAGCGACCAGUUGGUGACCUCGUUGCGUUCUGUCACUACUUCUUCUCUCGUUCUCUACACACGAUAUGAUACAGACCAAGAAGGAUUCACGGGCAGAGUCAGAGGACAUAGUGUGGGAAUUACUGCAUCAAAGCUUGCCGAUAUCUACACAUGGAUGCUGUCGAUCCCCUGA